AUGAGAACCUACAGAGAACCUGACAGAGGACCUGACAGAGAGCCUGGCAGAGGACCUGACAGAGAACCUGACAGAGAACCUACAGAGAACCUGACAGAGGACCUGACAGAGAACCUGACAGAGGACCUGACAGAGGACCUGACAGAGGACCUGACAGAGGACCUGACAGAGGACCUGACAGAGGACCUGACAGAGAACCUGACAGAGGACCGGACAGAGAACCUGACAGAGAACCUGACAGAGGACCUGACAGAGGACCGGACAGAGAACCUGACAGAGAACCUGACAGAGGACCUGACAGAGAACCUGACAGAGGACCGGACAGAGAACCUGACAGAGAACCUGACAGAGAACCUGACAGAGGACCGGACAGAGGACCUGACAGAGAACCUACAGCUUUCAUAA